UGAGGGGGCAGAAGGCUUUGAGGCAGUUGGGAGUGUGGGACAUGGGGAUGAUGGGAUGGGAAGAACUUUGCAUAGCUGGCAAGUGGUUGAGUUGGAAUUAAAGACAUGGAUGGGGGAAAGGGCUCUUGGAUCAAUCACCUGGGAGGUCAGGGAAUGAAAAGAACCAUGGUAGCCAUUUGGUGCCACAUUAUAUAUUCCCCACCUAACUCGGUAUUUUAUCCUAAAUGUAGCGGCACUGCAUGUUCUCAGGGGAGAUCUGUGGUUUGAAAGGCGACUCAGAGGGCUCCAGCAUGCAACAUGCUUGCUCCAAGACUGAACUGUUCAAUCUCCCCCAGAAUGUUGGGAAUCCAUUGAGAAAAUAGGAAUGUAAAAACCCAGCAAAAUGUCUAACUUCCCUCUUGUCCUUCUCCUUGAAGACCUGCACCCCCCCAGGCCAUGCAGUCUGGACGCCGGGGGCGCUUGUCCGUUGCAGGGCCAAGCAACCAACCCCAAGAUACCCUUACCACCAGCCCCUCCAUAUCUGGUGAUCUUCGGCUGCUCCACACAAUAGACUGUGGAGAUCAGCUUCUUUGCUGCCAGUUCAAUAACGAUGGGACCAGGGUUGCAGCAGGAUUGCGUACUGGAGCCAUUAAGGUUUAUUCUGUCAGUGAUGGAUCACUUCAUCACAUUCUUGCUGAUAAUGAAACAACAUCCCUAGGACUUCCUACCACCUCACUGCACUUUAUGCCCCGUGGACCUGCCCACAAUGGAGAUGUCAUACUUACCACCUAUUCUGGCGGGAAAGUGAAACUAUGGCACGUCUCUACUCAUACCUGCGUGCGUACCAUCACAGAAGAUCGCCAAACCCUCGCAUCCUGUUUCAAUCCUUCUGGCUCCAGGUUUCUCACAAGUGGAGCAGGACCUGGAAUUUACAUGUAUGAUGCUCAGACUUGGGAUAAAUUGCAAAAUUUUCUGCCCAGCGAUUCCCCAACGGUGAUGGAUGGGCAUAUGUCUCGAGUCUAUGCUUUGACCUUCUUCCCAGAAAACAACGAACGCUUCAUUUCUGGAGGAUGGGAUGAUACAGUGCAGUUUUGGAACACACAAUUUCCACAUUCUCAACGGCGUAUCUCUGGGCCCCACAUCUGUGGGGAUGCUCUGUCAAUAGACAAAACGGGCUCACAGAUUUUGACGGGAUCCUGGAGGCGGCAUAACACCCUGCAGGUUUGGGAUGCUGAAACAUGUGGCAAGAUAAUGGACAUUCCAGAAGAUUUUCGGGGUCAUUCACAGGUAUAUACUUGCCACUUCCUUGGCGCUGACUACAUAAUAGCUGGUGGGAGUCGGAACAACUUGUGUCGACUCAUUGACAGAAGAAUUCUCAUGAGCACAGGGGUACUUAAUGACCUGCCUGGAGGUGUUUAUAGUACCCACAUCAGCUGUCGUGGAGUUCUAGCUGCAACUUCCAACAACUUCCUGUAUCUUGCACAGACUCCAGUAAAACCUUGAAACUCUCCUCUGUCAUUGCGAGGAACUCUUGCUACCACCUGAAGGAUAUCAGCAAUGUCUUUGAUCAUCAUGACUCUUACCAACCUUUCCUAGUAUCCUGGAUGUCAGUCAAAAUCAUGCAAAAUCAGUCACCUUGGUAUGCCUGCCGUCUCCCCAUCAUCUUCUGCUUCUCUGUGGACAAACAGAAUCAUGGUCUGUCCAUAGAGACUCCUGCUUGAUUGGAUGUGCCCCAUUUCAUCAUGCUGUGCUGAUGUCAAUCCCUUCUCACCAUUAUCCUCUGGAGAUAUUGUUCUGCUGGAAUCAUCUCAUCAUGGUUUUCUUCAAUCAUCUCAUCAUGGUUUGUUUCUGCGGAGAUGUUUUGUUUUGAUCUUGGGCCCAAUGCUCUGUGACUCUCAUCACAUGCAAUGUUCCAUGCAAGAAAUCUUAACUGUACAUCAUGUUUCCUGGGAUUGGCACUAACUGGGUUAGUUCUGCAGUGAAUAUCCCAUCUAUUGUUGCUGCUGGCAAUCCCAACAUGCCUUGCUGCUUCAAACCUUUGCUUGACAAUGUCUGUCAUACACUUCAUAUUAAAUUGACAGUGCCUGUUCUGAGGACCAUAUGGGGUUUGAAAUGGUUCCCACAACCCCAGAUUGCAGAGAAUUCCAUCAUCCUCUGAACAGCUUUCUAAUCAAACCACUGGAGGGGAAGAAGCGUCCAGUAUUUCUGCCUUAAGUUUCCAUCCUGCCUCGGGGGGUUAAGCUUUCUAUGUCACUUCUUUCUCUCUUUUCAUAGCCACCUCCUAGGGUGGCUGCCCUAAAAAAACUGCCUUGGUGCCAAAAUAAAACAUCUUGGCUGAAA